AUGCCAGUAACCAAGAAGAAGGGCGCCAUCCCGCGCGAGCUCGGCGCCAAGGUCGCCGACGAAGAAGGUGACGACGUCGUCCAGGCGCGCGCUGAGCACCCUCGAGCCUACCGCGUCCCGGCGCGCGACCACGACAACGGCUCGGACGCUAAGAAGCCGCUCUCGAGCAAGCCGCUAUCUAGCACCGCCGGCACCCGCAAGCCGCUGUCCAGCAGCUCCGCCAGCGCCAAGCCGACCUCCCGCACCUCCUCGUCCGCACCAAAGCGCCAGUUCGAGAUCUUUGCCGACCCGCCCAGUGCGUCGUCUGCGUCGUCCUCUGCUGCUGCUACCAACGACCGCCCGCGGCCGCUCGCCAAGCGCCGCGCCGACGCACACGACAAGGAGAACGCCGUCGCGCCCGACUCGCCCAGCGCGCGCACGCGGUCCAAGGCGCGCGAGGCGGCCGCGCCGGUGCUCAAGAAGAAGACCACGCCCCUCGCGCCGCGCCGCGUGCUCGCCGACGCACCCCUCGCGGACGUGUCCAUCGCUUACGGCGCGGAGGGCGACGAGCCCGAGGGGUUCCGGGACGUCGAGCCACGAUCGUGAUCGCCAGACGCCGACGACGACGACCACCGCCGCUAGCCACUGUACCCUUGUCACUCACCUUGUCACCACUAUGCGUAACUACGCCUACGCACGCCACUGUCUCUUGGACACUGUCGCUCGCUCCCCGGGACACUACUGCCCGCUACCCGCCAUCACCUUGUCGACGACCGGCCUACCCACCCCAUACCUAAUAUACCCACCACCAAAACCACAGCAGCAGACGCCAACCUAUAACUCCGGCCCUAUUGUAUAUACG